AGAAAACGAAACUGCCCGGGAAUUAAUGUUUUUCUUCUCCUUCUAGCAGGAAACGAGAGAGAAAAUAGGAAGCAGAAGCUCCGCGCGGCGCCGCCUGCCUUCGUCCCCAGCCCCCGCCCGGGCCGCGCGCAAUCCAGGGUCUGCGCGCGCCGCACGGCGCGUCCCCGUCGGGCCCGCGCGCCUCGUGCCUUGCGCCUCGAGCCUCGCGCCACGUCCCCGCCCCAGGCCGGCGCGGCCCUGGGUGUGGCCGGCGGUCUGGCUGUGCUGGUCUCGGCGGGGAGUUGCACUCCGCACACGGGCUCCGCGCGCGAGCGGCAGCUUCGCGCCCCGCGGACCCAGGCUGCGCCCGGUCGGCACGGGCCAGAGCUCCCUCCAGUUGCUUUCCCUAGUUAAUUUCUUUGGUAAACAAAAUUAAAGGAUGAGUGAACUGGAACAGUUGAGGCAGGAAGCUGAACAACUGCGGAAUCAGAUCCAGGAUGCUAGGAAAGCGUGUAAUGAUGCGACACUUAUUCAGAUCACAUCAAAUAUGGAUUCCGUGGGUCGAAUACAAAUGCGAACAAGACGUACACUGAGAGGUCACCUAGCUAAAAUCUAUGCUAUGCACUGGGGAUAUGAUUCAAGGCUACUUGUCAGUGCUUCCCAAGAUGGAAAAUUAAUUAUUUGGGAUAGCUAUACAACAAAUAAGAUGCAUGCUAUUCCUUUGAGGUCCUCCUGGGUGAUGACCUGUGCUUAUGCUCCGUCUGGUAAUUAUGUUGCUUGUGGAGGACUGGACAAUAUCUGCUCUAUAUAUAACUUAAAAACCAGAGAGGGAAACGUGAGAGUGAGCAGAGAGUUACCGGGUCACACGGGCUACUUGUCCUGCUGUCGUUUCUUAGAUGACAGCCAAAUUGUUACAAGUUCGGGAGAUACAACUUGUGCAUUAUGGGACAUUGAGACUGCUCAGCAGACCACCACAUUCACCGGGCAUUCUGGAGAUGUGAUGAGUCUUUCUCUGAGUCCUGACAUGAGGACUUUUGUUUCUGGUGCUUGUGAUGCCUCUUCCAAAUUAUGGGAUAUUCGAGAUGGAAUGUGUAGACAGUCUUUCACUGGACAUGUGUCAGAUAUUAAUGCUGUCAGUUUUUUCCCUAAUGGAUAUGCCUUUGCCACUGGCUCUGAUGACGCCACUUGCCGGCUCUUUGACCUUCGUGCAGACCAAGAAUUGUUACUGUAUUCUCAUGACAAUAUCAUCUGUGGAAUCACUUCCGUAGCCUUCUCAAAAAGUGGGCGCCUCCUGUUAGCUGGUUAUGAUGACUUUAAUUGUAAUGUAUGGGACACGCUAAAAGGAGAUCGUGCAGGUGUUCUUGCUGGUCAUGACAACCGUGUCAGCUGUUUAGGUGUAACUGAUGAUGGAAUGGCUGUGGCAACAGGCUCUUGGGACAGUUUUCUUAGAAUCUGGAAUUAACACUGCAUACACAUUUUCUGUUCUCCAUUGAUAUCUGGAGAAAUCAGUGUUACAGCCUAGAGCUGUGAAAAAAGUUCUACCUUAUAUUUGCAGGUGAGGAUUUUUCUAUUGAGAUUAUUAUAUACAAAAAAGAUGCUUUCAGUAAACUACAAAACAAAAAAAAGGUGAACAACACAAGGCAAAGGUGCUUGCUGAGAUUAAAGGACCAGUGGAUUCAACUGAGGAGCUGAGCUAAUUUAACAUUGCUAAAUUUUUGCUUCUACUCAGUCUAAUUAUUCUUUGUGUAGAACAGACUGGAUGCAUUAUAACAACCUAUCAUGUUUGUGUUUGUAUUUUUUAAGAACUACAUUUUUAACUUCAUAUAUAAUAGGCAAUGUCACAUUUUUAAAUUUUGUAAUAGAGGAGUUAGGUACAGUAAUAGAUGGAAGUGAUACUGUAUGUGUAUGCACUAAUGUUUGAAGAAAAUCUCCUUGAAUCCUGACCGUCCUUUUUAAUCUAAAAGAGAUCCUGGUUGCUUAAUGUCUAAGAAUGCUGGCAGGCCUGGGUGUCUCUGAGAAGAGCCUUUUUGAGUAUCAUUAGUUUCUGGUGCAUCCUUUGCUAUGCAUUCAAGUAAGAGGUCAUUUUCAGUCUUUUGAGGAGGAGAUAGCUUAAGACUAUUAUUUCUGCUCUUCAGAUUUCACUCUGAAAUUUUAGACAUCCAUAAGAAACUUGUACGUUAACAAUAGGUAGACAGCAGUAAUCACAUAUAAAUGAUUCUUUGCAUUUAAAAAAAGAGCUGGUUAUGGUCCAGUCACACUUUGGGAAGCCUAAAUAGUUGGACUUCCUACUGAUUUCAUAGUCUAGAACUGAAUCAGUAGGGUGCACUCAUUAUUUCAGAAGGUUGACGAACAUUUGAAUUGUCCUUGUAUCUGAAGGAUCCUAAUGUUCUCCAUCAACAUGCAUCUAUAUAGGAAAUAGGUGAUGGUAUGUUUCUGAAAAAAGUGUAAAAUCUAACCAAUCACUAGACCUGAUUAAUUAUAACUAUAACAGGUAGCUUUAUGAAUUUAUGUUCACAUAAAAACUGAAUUGAUGUAAGCUGUGCCUUUAAAAUUUUUUAAACAUUCAAGCUUUUUGCUCUAUUUCUUCUUUUAGCUCAAAAUAUUGGUUUCUAAGUGGUUUUGCUUCAAAGAAUGCCUAAUCCAAGUGACACCACUUUAAAGCCAAAAGAAAAAUUCCAAGAGCAAUUCUUGAAGGAGUCAGAUAAAAUACUAAGCAAUUCCUCUGCUUGCCAAUGAUAUAAUAAUGUGUCUAUUAUUAGAAUGGGCCCCUCUGAAUUUAAACAAAGAUAAUUUUCCCCAUGGAUUUUCUCCCACAAAUAAAUCUAAAUGAUUGACAAUAGAAGGUUAGUCUUGCUUUAUAGAGAAGUCAUGGGUUAUUCUGACAUACAAAAGUGCAUUGUGUUUUGUAAUUUAGUGAACUGUGUCAGUUACUGUCGAGCUAGGUCUCUGUUAACUUUUGGCCACCUGUAAUGCUAACCUAAUAUUCCUAAAGUUCACUUGUAAAUUUUCAUUUUUAUAUUGUGAAUGUGCUGGUAAGUGUUAUCAACUAUAACAUAGUACCAGUUUUUUAAGAUCAGUUGAUACUAAAAAGAGAAUAAAAUGGAUAAAGGAGGAUUGAGAUAUAGGACCAAAAAAAACCCAGACUAUUGUAGAUGGCAGUUACGAAUGUAUAUUUGUACACACAUGGUAAGACUUUUAUGAAUUUUUUGCUAUUAAUGUUUGUAAAUGUAAGUAGUCACUUCAUAAAGAGCAGCUCUUUGAGCUAAGGCAAGAAUAUUUAAAGGAACGUAUUCAUUUCUAAAAAGGGAAGGGAGUGGUUUGCUGUGUAGUUCAGUUAAUUCACUGCAAAAUCCUAUUCAAGAAAGUAUUUCUGCCAUGUGCAAAAAUAGCCUUAAAAGGGGGAGUCUCUCUUCUCCUCAACUUUAAGUUAUUCUAGUAACAGGAUACUUUAGUCUGCUACACAGACUACACAAUUCCAUGGUCUUAAACAUGUUGGAAUAAGUGAUUUAAUGUAUUAAAGUUUUAAUAUAGCUUAAAAGCAAUUCCCAUAAUAAAAUAUGUACUAAGCAACUGAAAAGUAAACCACUGUUGUGGGUAAUUAUACAUAUAUAAAUGGUGACCUCCUUACAAUAUUGAUAUACAUAAACCUUUGCUUUCUAGUGAUAUGGGUUCCAAUUGCUAACUACAUUUGCAGUUCAGCUGAUGUAUUGUUCUCAGCUGAUUGUCUAUUUAAAUCUGCUGUACAUAAGACUUCCUGAAAUCAUUAAGUAUACGAUUUGUAGAAGCACCAUAUAACUUGAGUCUUAGUUUUUUAAGGCUUAAAAAUCUGGCCAAGUGUAGUUUUAAGAAAUUUGCAUGAUCAAGAAUAUCAUAGUUAUCUGGUGCCUAAAUUUUUUUACUUUAUAAGUAUUAAAACUAGAAUAGUAGUUGACAUAUGGCAGGCAUAUUUUAAA